CCGGGCCAGGCCAGGACCCCUGUCCAGGCCGACCUGCCGACCUGCCGUACCCAUUUGACCUGUACUCUGCCCGCGCAGGUGGACUCGUACGGGAAAUGCCUGCAGAAUCGGGAGCUGCCCACUCCACGGUUACAGGACACAGCCACGGCCACCACCGAGGACCCAGAGCUCCUGGCCUUCUUGUCCCGCUAUAAGUUCCAUCUGGCUCUCGAGAAUGCUAUCUGUGACGACUACAUGACAGAAAAGCUGUGGCGCCCCAUGCACCUCGGUGCGGUGCCUGUGUAUCGCGGCUCCCCCUCGGUGAGGGACUGGAUGCCCAACAAUCACUCCAUCAUCCUCAUCGAUGACUUUGAGUCACCGCAGAAGCUGGCAGAGUUUAUUGACUUCCUGGACAAGAACGAUGAAGAAUAUAUGAAAUACCUGGCAUACAAACAACCCGGGGGCAUCACCAACCAGUUCCUCCUGGACAGUCUGAAGCAUCGGGAGUGGGGAGUGAAUGACCCUUUAUUGCCCAACUAUCUCAAUGGCUUCGAGUGUUUCGUUUGUGAUCAUGAGCUGGCGAGGCUGGAGGCCGAGAAAGCCCACGAAGCCGCCCCCGGAGACACCCCUGUACCUGAACCUCACAUUGCCCAGCCCUCACACAUGGACUGCCCAGUGCCAGCACCGGGCUUUGGCAGUGUGGACGAGAUUCCUGAGAGUGACAGCUGGAAGGAGAUGUGGCUGCAAGACUAUUGGCAAGGUCUGGACCAGGGGGAAGCUCUCACUGCCAUGAUCCACAACAAUGAGACACAAGAGAGGAAAUUUUGGGAUUACCUACAUGAGAUCUUCCUGAAAAGGAACCAAAAUCUCUAAUUACCCUGCGAGAGCUUUGAACUUGGUAGGUCUAAGGAGAUGGAAGUCAUUCUACCACAGGACAUGCUGCACAAACCCUUAAUGAACAUUGUCUUAUCCUGACUUUAAGGGAUUCUAGUUGUAUCUACUGAUAUUUUAUCCUAAUGAUGUAUAGCCAGGGUCUCAGACUGUGGUAAUAGGGCUUCCCCUCAAGGAGAGAUGAAGGCAUCCAGUUCUUAGUUUAGUGGAAAACAGAAGCCUGAAACACCCAUUUGAUUCAAGGUGCAGAUCCAACAGAAUUUUUAAAGAACUGCUUAUUUCUCUAGCCAUUUUAUCCUCUCAAUUAUGAUUGGAACAACACCUUAGUACUUGGCUACAAAUGAGGUAAGAUUUCUCAUGUGUUAUUCCUCAAACCCCUUAUUAUUUAGUACCUUUUCUAACCUCUUUUCCAGAUAUUCUGCUUUAUGAACUGUUAUGUUGGUGGUGAAGCAAAACUCCUGGUGGGUUGUAUUCUAGUUCUCUGGAGUUGUAUUUUUUUUUAUCAUUUACCUUGAAUUUCAUGUUAGUCUUUUUAUUUUAAAAUUUUUUUCCUUUCCUAGUUUUCCACAAUUUCUGAUGAAGAUAUAGCAGCCUUGCCACCAUUCCCACAUUCAUUCUUCUCUGCAUUAAAUUGGCUAUAGAUUUGACAGUUUUAACUAUAAAUAAAUAAAUAAAUAAAUCCUAUAUAAUAAAGGGGUAAUAUGCAAAUUGGCCCAAUGA